UCCACGUGGUUUGGGCUCUGUUUGCGGGGUUGCUUAUCCUCUGUGGCCAUGGACGGGGUGGCGUUGGCGACGGCGCCACAGAAGCGCUUCUACCGGCAGCGCGCGCACUCCAACCCGCUGGCGGAUCACACCUUGUCUUAUCCUGCCAAGCCUGAAGAAAUGGACUGGUCUGAACUGUACCCAGAAUUUCACCCCCCUUUAAACAAAGACAAUCGACGUGAUGACCCAAAGGAUGUGGAAGAGGAGGCCAAGCCUGCAUCUCAAGUGGAGUUUGCUGAUAUUGGCUGCGGUUAUGGGGGUUUGCUAGUUGCCUUAUCUCCCCUGUUCCCCAACACUUUAAUGCUGGGCCUGGAGAUCCGAGUAAAGGUCUCGGAUUAUGUGCGCGACAGGAUCCGGUCACUGAGAGCCUCUCAUCCUGGGCAGUUCCAGAACAUCGCCUGCAUUCGCAGCAAUGCCAUGAAACACCUGCCCAACUUCUUCCGCAAGGGGCAGUUGUGCAAAAUGUUCUUCCUCUUCCCCGACCCUCAUUUCAAGAAGACAAAGCAUAAGUGGCGGAUUAUCAGCACCACCUUGCUGGCAGAAUAUGCCUACGUACUGCGUGAACAGGGCCUGGUAUACACCAUCACAGAUGUGGAAGAAGUGCACAAGUGGAUGGUAAAGCAUUUCCAAGAACACCCUCUGUUUGAGCAAGUACCGUUGAAAGAGCUGGCCACUGACCCAGUGGUUGACCUUCUGGGCACCUCAACUGAGGAAGGGAAGAAAGUUGAGAGGAAUGGAGGCAAGACCUUCCCAGCCGUCUUCCGGCGCAUCACAGCCCAGGAACAGGAAGUGACAGCAACAUGAUUGGGGUACUUCCUGAGCCCUCACCAGGUUCACGUUGUCUAUGUGAGUGGUGAGGAGAGGCAAGGAUUACAUCAGUCAUGGACUGGACUGAAUGCCUGGGGUCAUGCAGGCGUCAACGUUCUGUGCAUAGGGGACCCUUCUCUGGAGAAGCACUGAGUUGUUGCAGAAGAGCUGCCUUGGUCCCCCCCCUUUGCCCAUUAGAAGGAUCAGGGUGUCUUGCGUUGGUCUCACUGAUGGAGAUGUGACAUAUCAACGGCACACAGCAGGACCGAUGAUGAUGGGAGGAGAGAGAGGCAUGUCCCGAUCCAUUGCGCCAUUUGUCACUUUAUUUCUGAAUGAAUAAUAAACCGGAAGAUUCAA